AUUUUUAGAGUCAAUUAAAAUAUGUGUGCCCGCUUUGGUAAGGGAGUGAAAUGGCUCUUAUCCACAAAGUCACACCCCCUCUCCUUCCACGCACACACACACGCCGUGCUUUGCUUCCCUCUAGCCCCGCCUCCAGCUCUCCUUCUCCGGCUGCGUGGCUCAGUCAGAGCUCCUCACGAUGAUGAUGGAGCUCCAUCUCUCAACAGGUCUGGAGUCCACUUAUUCCACUCUAAAGCUACCACAAGGACCUUCUUUCAUACGUCUUGCAGUCUUAUAAGGUCAUCUAGACUUUUUUAAAUUGAAAUGUUUAUGUGAGGGGGGCACUGGUCAUGGUUUUAUAGCAUAAAUCAACACUUCUCCUAUAGAGGGGGAACAGGAGGACUUUCUUUGGGGACAUUCAAGGUUUAUUUGGACUCGGCUAUGUGGCUCCGUUGGCCACACCGGUAUGUGAUCUGUCUGGGUUCUCCUUGGCGGACUUGCGACAUGGGCUGAGGCGUGCUGGUCGUGGUUGUUUCCAGAAGGAUGGACAAUGGAGGCUGAUAGAAGACUUCAUUGUUUGGACAAACUGUAAAGAUUGUUCUAGAAGUGCGCGCGUGCUGGUGCUAGCGUAACGAUAUACACAGUAGCACUCGCGUAUAAGUUGAUACUUUCGCUUUUCUAACACUGGAUUUUCUUUCAAACGUGUGUGAUCAACAUUUUAGGGCUAAAUGCUACUUUUUGACGGUUUCCUGAUGAGGUGUAUAAUUGUUGGUUAUACUUGACGAGCGUGUGGGUGGUUUAGCAUAGCCUGAUAUCAGCCUGCUUUUAAAUUUACUUUUGGGAUUUUGCCACUUAAACUCUCUGACGCACGCUUUGGCUUUAGUUAAAAAGUUUCCCCCAGGAGGGUUUUUUCCCCACAGUUGGACUACCAGGGACAAGUAUCCAUCCCUACGUGGACAAUGUGGCUGUCUCGCCUCGCCUUGCUGCUCCUCCUCCGACUGUCCGUCGCGCUGGUCAAGGGCAUCAACACUUGUCAAUUCAUCAACCUGGACGAGCAGAAGUCCCGGCGCAUCGAGGCGGUGCGCGGACAGAUCCUGAGCAAGCUGCGCAUCCAGAGUCCCCCAGACGACGACGACGAGGUACCGGUGAGCGGCGCGGUGCCGCCGGAGGUCAUGUUGCUCUACAACAGCACCCGGGAGCUGCUGAAGGAGCGCGCCCGCAUCGGAGAGUCUGCGUGCGAGCGAGAGAGCAGCGAGGAGGACUACUAUGCUAAAGAGGUGCAGAGGAUCGACAUGCUGCCCCCCACGCAAACAAACGCAGUGCAGACGCUGCCGCUCAACCCGUAUUACCGAACCGUCCUGUUUGACGUCAGCAGCGUGGAUUUGACAAACAGCACCCUGGUCAAAGCCGAGUUCAGGAUCUUCCGAGCCCCCAACCCGCAGGCCCGGGCCUCCGAGCAAAGAGUGGAGAUCUAUCAGCUGCUGAAGCCAGACGAGGAGAGCACGUCCACUCAGCGUUACAUAGACUCUCGCACCGUCCAGCCGCGGGCGAGGGGGUCCUGGCUCUCUGUGGACAUCACAGAAACUGUCAAGGACUGGGUGUCAGAUCCAGAGAAUAAUCUGGGCUUGAAGCUGGGCGUCCACUGUCCUUGCUGCACCUUCGUCCCCGCCACCAACAACAUCGUUCCUAACAAGAGCGAGGAACUGGAGGCUCUCUUUUCGGGCGUGGACGACGAGCAGCUUCGCCACAUCAAAAUGCAAAGCCAGGUCAAAGGUCAGGCAGAUUUCAGCACCAAGACGCCGCACCUCAUCCUCACCCUGCUGCCCAGUGACAGAGUGGACAACCCGGCCAAGAGGAACCGCAAGAAGAGGGCGGCGGCCACCGACGCUGCCACCUGCUCCCGCGGCUCAGAAUCGGGCUGCUGCCUGCGCUCGCUCUACAUCGACUUCAGACGGGACCUCAACUGGAAGUGGAUCCAUGAGCCCAAAGGCUACAAGGCCAACUUCUGUGCCGGCAACUGUCCUUACCUCUGGAGCGCCAACAACCACUACAACAUGAUCCUGCCGCUGUACAACAAACUCAACCCCGAAGCCUCGGCCUCGCCCUGCUGCGUCCCCCAGGACCUGGAGCCCCUCACCAUCAUGUACUUCAUCGGGCGCUCCCCCCGCGUGGAGCAGCUCUCCAACAUGGUGGUGAAAUCCUGCAAGUGUCGCUGACGGGGAGGACUUCCUCUCUCGCUCCACUUCCUGUUUGCCGUUGGAUGCUGUAAAUAAGUCGACAUAGUCGAACCUCUGCGGGACUUGUAUCAUUCACACAUUGUGUGCGCUGCGUUACGUGAUGUUUGCCUUGGACUGUUGGUGACAUGAAGAAAGAGGAGCUUGUGUUCCACACUGCCAGCUCCCUGUGGUCCCCAAAGUCUGCCCGCCCGGCGUAAACAGGAUGUGAAAGGUUUCCAGACACCGGGCCGGGCCGGGCCGCUCACCAAAGGCUUCCAUUUAAAAACGUGUCUCCUCCUCCUCCUUCUGGCAUUUGUGGCGGGAGGAGAGGCGUGGGGAUGCAUGAUCGGACUCAAUUUGUCUCAUCCCAAUGAUGUCCUCUUUUGGUUUCUUUAAUUCAUUAUCUCGUCAAAGUGUCCACUCAUCGUUUUCUUCUCUUCUGGCAAAACGCUGGAGAAAAAGUCUAAAUGCUGGAAAUAAAAGAAAAACAUCCACAGGGUUCGUUUUUAAAUAUAGACGCUGGUAUGCCAGUGGUUUCUCUCCCUCUGUGUGUGUGUGCGCGUGUGUGUGUGUGUGUGCGUGUGCAUGCGUGUGUGGUGAGGUCAUGCGUGAUGCGACUCCCGAUGUUUGCUGCAGCGUCCAGUCAUGGAAGUAUGAAGUGGUGGUCAAGCAGCGUUUAGUAAAGUUAUGCAACAGGAAACACUGCUGUCCAUUAAAGAGACAUAUCCGCUUCGCUCAACCUCACCGCUAAAAAUACGCCUUCAACAAAAAUUACAUAAAGGAGCAAGGUUGGGUUUUUUUUCCAAGCAACCGAAAUAUCACAUUGUUCACUUAUUACUGACAUUAUUCAAGUCAUCACUGAUUGUGAAACAGCAGAGCACUCCUGUCAUUUAGAGGAUCUUUGGUUCGUGUUUUAUUUGGAGGCAAAGUUCACACUGUUAAAUAAAGGAUCUUGGAGUAGUGUUUUCACAGUAGGUCCUUAAAAACAGCAGCGGUCUCCUGGCAUAGAGAGGAUCUUUGAUUGUUUUUACAGUGAAAAUAAACUAAUAAUUAAUAAAACUAUGGACCACAUUCAACCUACAAACUUGCCUUUCCUUAUUUAAUAAAACUAAAAUAACAAAAUCCAAGUCUAACAAAUUAGGAUUGUAAUAACAUUUAAGAUCAAAAUACAGUUUAGAAUACAGUCGUCCCUCGUUUAUGGCACAAACUAGUCCUACACCCAACCGUGAUAAAUGAAUGUCAAUAUAGGAUUCACUGUUAAUAAAUGGAAUAUUGAAAACC